CGAAUCCAACAAUAGCUUCCCCCCUUCAGGCCACUGUAAGGGGACAAUGUUGUUCUACCGCCAGAUCUAAGGGGGAAAUACCAACGUCCCCUCUUUCAAUGAAAAAUGCCCCGAUCGAUCCCUUCGUAUUUCACCUCUGCUCCGCACGAGGAGCCACCCGAUUCCGAGAAUGUCGGCACCAGGAAUAAUCCCCGGACUGCCCCUCCGUCCCCGACCGUCAUGCGCAGAAGCUAUAGCCAUAUCUCAGAAUCCCAUACAGCCUACCAGUCCCUAGAGCCGCCCUUGGAGGCUGGGGAGACAACCAGCCUCUUGGGGAAGUCCAAAGAACGCCGGGCACCGCCGCAGCGCUCUUAUACCACUUUCUCAGCCUCAUCCGGCCCGGACUCUGGGUUUAGACAUACUCUGCUUGCGGGCAGUAUGCGGCGGUCUCGACACCAUAGCCGAGCGAACUCGACGAAUAAGCGGUUUAGUCGCCGGGGGAGCCUAGAUGCAGGCCAGGCGGAGAGUCUGGCUGCCUCGGCUAAGGAUGCUCUGACUGGAUCAUUUUUGGAUGACCGGAUGUGGUAUGACCAGUUUACGUCAACGGACUGGGUGCAUGAUAGUGUUGCCGACGGCGUGCGUCUUCGGGAACUGCGCAGGAGGAAGGAUAUCCGCGGGCGAAUUCUGGCUUUGUUUGAUGGCGCCCAGGGCUGGCUUUUGGUUGCGCUGAUUGGAUGCAUAACGGCUGCGAUUGCGUACUUUGUGGAUGUGUCGGAGGAUUAUGUCUUUGACCUUAAAGAUGGGAUCUGUACCACGUCUUGGUUCAAGAGCCAUGGCAACUGCUGUGCCGACUUUGACGAUUGUCCCGAAUGGCGGUCUUGGUCUGAGAUGAUGAAUCAUGAGUCUGGGGGUAGUCACUGGGUAGACUUUGGUGUCUAUGUGCUCUGGUCGGUGGGCUUGGCUGUUGUGUCUUGUCUCUUGACGCUGCUUACCAAGACUGUCGUCCCGUCGUCGGUAUCCCUGGCUACCCUGGAUGAGAAUCUUGCUGCUGGGGGGUCUCGCACCUCGAAACCAAUGACUGACGUGAAUAACUCGCCUGAGUCUGGGGACUCGUCCUCGUUCUCCAUGCUACCUACCCGCCCUGAUAUGAUCUAUUACUCUGCUGCGGGUAGCGGUGUGGCCGAGGUAAAGGUCAUCAACAGUGGGUUUGUGCUCCACGGUUAUCUGGGGUUCAAAACACUGGUCAUCAAGACCUUGGCCCUGGUCUUCAGUGUCGCCUCCGGCCUCAGUCUUGGCAAAGAGGGCCCGUAUGUGCAUAUUGCCACCUGUGUGGGAAAUAUAUGCUGUCGCCUGUUUAGUAAAUACCAUCACAAUGACGGUAAACGGCGUGAGGUCCUCAGCGCCAGUGCUGCCAGUGGUGUUGCCGUAGCUUUCGGUGCCCCGAUUGGUGGUGUCCUCUUCAGCCAGGAGGAAGUCAGCUACUACUUCCCGCCCAAGACCCUCUUCCGGACCUUCUUCUGCUGCAUUGCCGCGGCUCUUUCGCUGAAGUUCCUAAACCCCUACGGUACUGGAAAGAUUGUUCUUUUUGAAGUCCGGUACUUGGGCGACUGGGAGAUUUUUGAGCUUGGUAUUUUCAUGUUCCUGGGUGUGCUCGGAGGUGCGGUGGGCGCUCUAUUUAUCAAGGUCUCUAGCUUAUGGGCGAAGUCAUUCCGCCGCAUCCCUGCCAUCAAGCGCUGGCCACUAUUGGAGGUCGUCCUUGUAGCGCUCCUGACUGGCCUAAUGGGUUUCUGGAACCGCUACACAAAGUUGCCGGUAACAGAGCUCCUGUUCCAGUUAGCUAGUCCAUGCGAGCGCGAUUCCCGAUCUCCAGACGGUCUAUGUCCACACCCGGAGGGCAUCGGUGACGUACUUCGCUCGCUGACAGUGGCACUUGUGAUCAAAAGCAUUCUGACCGUGAUAACCUUCGGCAUCAAGGUACCUGCGGGUAUCUACGUUCCUUCAAUGGUAGUCGGUGGCUUGAUGGGCCGCAUUGUCGGCCAUGCGACGCAGUACUUGGCAUUGAAGUUUCCGAACUUCAUAUUAUUCGGGUCGUCAUGCGCAGCGGUUGCUGGUAUGGAAUCUUGUGUAACCCCGGGAGUGUAUGCUAUGGUUGCUGCAGGUGCUACCAUGUGUGGAGUUACACGUCUAUCCGUUACCCUUGCUGUCAUUUUGUUUGAAUUGACUGGCAGCUUGGACCAUGUGUUGCCAUUUUCAUUGGCAGUGUUGUGCGCCAAGUGGACUGCCGAUGCUAUUGAGCCUCACAGUAUUUAUGACUUCCUGACUGAAAUGAACUCAUAUCCAUUCCUCGAUAGCAAACUCCAAAUCAUGUCCGAUGCAGAGCUUGGUGAUAUUGUUCGGCCGGUUCGGCGGAGUCGAAUGAUUGAGGUCACGGAAUCUCCGCUUGUUCCGGCACGAGAGCUACGCUCGAAGCUUCAGCAUCUUCUCAUGGCAGGAGAGUUAGACAGCGGGCUCCCGAUUCUGCGUGACGGUGUGCUUAUCGGACUCAUUCCAGCUCCGGAUCUGGAGUAUGCGCUUGAUAGUCUGGAGGAUGAAGACAGUACGUCGUGUCUGAUGGCCGUGGACCACUCUUCUGCUAUUUCCGACACGGAUGACGAGGAUUCGUUGAACGUUGAUUUCACUAGAUAUAUAGAUCCGGCUCCUCUUGCUCUCGAUAUCCACUCCCCUAUAGACCUUGUUUAUCAGUGCUUCGUCAAGCUCGGACUGCGCUACCUGUGCGUCCUUCAGGAUGGGCGUUAUGCGGGCCUGGUGCAUAAGAAGGCUUUUGUAAAGUUUAUGAAGGAGAACGGAUAGACUCUUUGACGCUUUCUGGAACAUUGCAUUUCCAUCGAUGACCUGUCUGUCGUCUUGUUUUUGAUUUCGAAUACCCUAUCUUGAUUUUCAGUUCAUUUUGCAUUAUCUCUACUGUUUAGAUGUUGUACAUUAGC